AGCAGGCAGUGGUGACAAUUGUAAAUUUUGACAUUCGUUUUAGUUGAUUGAGUGCAUGUUUGUUACUAUAAUACCAUAGAAAGAAUAUAACGAUUCGUGAAAUUUAUUCUGUUAUUGUGAAUUGUGCUGCUGUUUGAUUAACAAAAUAAAUUGCACUAAAGUGCAAUUACUUUUCCUACAAAGUUAAAAGAUAUUUAACAAGUGCUCGACGACAUAAGUUUUAGCAAAUCAUUAAAAUGGCCUACAACAAUAAACAAUACAACACUAGAUUCUCCGGCCGCUAUAACACACCGGGCCAGUUUGUUCCUGCUGCAGAGAGCUUUGGCGAGCCGCGAGAGCCCUGGGACUGGCCACAUAAAGUCUUUAGCUACCCUCUGACUGGGCUCAAGUCCUGCACGUCUAUACCCAGCAUCAUAUGAGACGCAUGCAAAUGUAAACACUUGCUUAUUGUCUCUUAUGAUGUUUGGUCCCACCUCGGCCUGCACUACAACGUGUCGUUGUCGUGCUCGCCAGAUGUCGACGUGAGACUCUCAGAGGAUAGCUCUGUGGUUUGAGAAAGUAGUAUUGUCACGAAUGAUACAAUUCGUAACCAUACAGCAUUCUCUGGACUUAGUAGACAUAAGCUGCUCCAGAUUUCUAACAUGUGACAACCCUCUGAAAUUGUAACUAUUUCAAUUCCAAAUGUGAAAACCCAUGUGAUCCCCGACUGGUGUUAGAGGAGGUUGCAAUUUUGUGGGGUGACAGACAUGAUAGGAAUAUGGAUGUUGAUGGGUGAUGUGAGCCCACCAUCACUGUGUGUGAGGCGACUAGACAUGACUGCUGCACUCUAAACUAUGACAUUUCUUUGCUUUAUUGCAUCUCAAAUACUAUUUCCAUUUACAACAUUUUCACCAGCCGUUGGCUGCUUCCAUUUCAUUUGCUCUGAGUGGAUGAAUGAGUGAGUUUAUUUGGAUGGUGGAACGCAUCCCCCACGUGGCUGUAAGACGCCGGGUGGUGUCGGGCAGGCCGCGGUCGGAUGGCGUCGGGAAGCGGCGGCGCAAGUGCACUAGAGUCUAGUCAUCAACGUACGUGUCACCUCAGCCUCAGCGGAAGGCGCAACAACACCAAAACCUGCAGCCCGUGCAAGUGAGCGAGCAGACCAAAGACGAGGACGUCAACAUGGCGGACACUCCAGUGGCGCCCAAAACUGAUGACGCGGCCCCUGCGCGACCGCACUGGAUGAAGAGCAAACUGCCAGGAGUGAAGAAAGUGAGUAAUAAGGAGCGCCGACGUCGCCAGAACGAGAGCCUGCGUCGCCUGCUGACGCCCAAGAACGCGCUGAUGGUGCUCAACGAGAUCCUCCCCGCCGAGCAGGUCGCCAGCGUCAGCCAAUUUAAAGUGGAGCCGUCCGCCAACAACCAGUACUACAAGGCUCCCAACACGCACAGUUUCUGCGCCGACCUCACCGUGGACGGCACCAACUACAAGGGAUACGGUGACAACAAGCUGAUGGCGCGCAACGCUGCCGCUGAGCAAGCCAUACGUGAUCUCAUCAUCAAGAAGAUGAACAAGGUCAUCAAUAGUGACAGUGGUUCUAACAGUGGUGACUGCAGCACGGACGAGGAAGCGUUGCCGAUGAUACAGCUCGCGUCCUUCGCGCUACACAAACUGUUCACUGAGUGGGAGUACGAGGGCCACAAGGUGCCACAACUCAAACCCGCCGUGCUCUCUGGCGCGGAGAGCGUGCAGGAGGCGCUGGGCAAAAAGCCGAAGGAGCUGCCAGCCAACGCCGUGGAGAUGCAUCCCUGCAUGCUACUCACGUACAUGCGGCCGCACAUGGAGUACCGCGAGCUGGCCGUGGAGGGAGACCGGCCGCAGAACAUGCUGUUCACCAUGGGAGUCGACGUCGACGGCAACACGUACAUCGGGAAAGCCCCCAACAAGAAGGAGGCGCGCAAGUUGGCGGCCAAGGCGGCGUGCGCGGCGCUGUUCGGCGUGGUGUACCCGGACGCGGCGCCGGCGCCGGGCCAGUAGCGCCGCGCCCCGCACGCCGCGCGCCCCGCGCCCCCGCGCCCCCGCCACUCGUCGCCGCGCCCACCAUCUCGCACGCCGCCAUACUAGACGAGUAUCUCUUGAACCUAUCCAUACAGGACGGCAAACGCAAUACUUUCUACUAAAGCUCUACAUAAUUAUCCAUUCUUCAUAUAGUGUACGACUGCUUUGUCGCAUCGAUAUUCCAUUAUCAUGCAUCCUCCUCCGCUUGACUCGCCGUGUAUUUGAGUCGGUACAUAACAUACAUUUGUAGCAAUUUAUACCUUGAAUAUUAAUCAAUUACACGUAUAAGACACGAGUAAACUGAUCCAAUUGUGCGUAGAGGCUGGCCGCGGGUAGUGUUGCCGAGCGUGGCACUACACAGCACUGCACGAGUGCGAAUGGACUGAUACUGCUGAAUGUGUAUGGGGAGGAAACCCUCACGAAAUUGUAUUAAUCUCUAGGAAUGUCUAUCAUUUCUUAUAUAAAUCAAUUAUGUAGCUGUAUGAGAUAAGUGGUUAUAUAUUAUUAUUCAUUUAUUUUGCUGCCAAUAUUUUUUUCAGUAAAAAUCAGUAUUGCAAAUGAACAUAACUUACCAAAUUGUUGAUUAAUAUUGUAGUACUGUGUGCGAUUUAUAUUGUAGUAAUGAACAUUCUUAUUUGUUCCCGUUUCUUAGUUCUCACUCAGACUUAUUGACAUAAUGUAAUGUUUGACAUCAAUUUCAUACGUUUGUAUGUUUAAUAUUAUUGUUGCAGUUGUAAUUCCUCUAGCCACAAUUGUAUUACUGUAGUAAUAUUAUGUAUUCUUAAUGUAAUGACUGUAGCCUUCUGAAUAAAGUGACUUACUUGAA